AUGGAUGAUUCGUCAUCAUCAAGCAAAUUAAUAAUAACCACUACCGGCGGCGAAGAGGAUACCGCAAACCAACAAGAAAGACUCCUUCCUAUCGCCAACGUUGGGCGGAUCAUGAAACAAAUCCUCCCGCAUAACGCAAAGAUCUCCAAAGAAGCCAAGGAAACGAUGCAAGAGUGUGCUUCCGAGUUCAUCAGUUUUGUGACGGGUGAAGCCUCGGAGAAAUGCAAGAAAGAAAGAAGGAAGACGGUGAACGGCGAUGAUGUUUGUUGGGCUAUGGGUACCCUAGGGUUCGACGAUUAUGCUCCCCCGUUGAAACGGUAUUUAGAUAGAUAUCGUGAGGUUGAAGGAGCCGCCGGUGCUACUACUCCACAAACGAUUAUUAAUGAAGACGACACUCAAUUACCUUCUUCUUCUGCACCCGAUCCAGUUUAA